GUUGCUGGAACAGCGGUUUCCAGAGCGGUUUCGACCGCAGAGACUCGGCCGUGCGGGUUGCGGCUCGGCCAAGCCCGAAGCCCGGGUGUCCGCCUCCUGCGGCGUCCUCGAAUCCGUCGCCAUGAACGCCGCCGUCGUCGUGGUCCACGGUGGCGGAGGCAGCAAUAUCUCCAAGGACCGCAGGAAGCGGGUGCACCAGGGCAUCGUCAAAGCCGCCACCGUGGGUUACAACAUCCUCAAGGAGGGAGGGAGCGCAGUUGACGCUGUGGAAGGAGCCGUGACCGUCCUGGAAGAUGAUCCUGAGUUCAACGCAGGUUGUGGAUCUGUCUUGAACGAAAAUGGUGAAGUUGAAAUGGAUGCAAGUAUCAUGAACGGGAAAGACCUGUCUGCAGGAGCGGUGUCUGCAGUCCGCUGUGUCGCAAAUCCCAUUAAAAUUGCGCGGCUUGUUAUGGAAAAGACACCUCAUUGCUUUCUGACUGACCAAGGUGCAGCAAGAUUUGCAGCAGCCAGUGGGAUUCCAACAAUUCCUGGAGAACAGCUGGUUACAGAAAGAAACAAAAAACGUCUAGAAAAUGAAAAACAUGAGAAAGGUGCUCAGAAAUCAGACUAUCAUAAAAACUUGGGGACCGUGGGUGCCGUUGCCGUGGACUGCCGAGGAAAUGUGGCGUACGCGACCUCGACGGGGGGCAUUGUCAACAAGAUGGUGGGCCGCGUUGGGGACACACCGUGUAUAGGGUCCGGAGGUUAUGCUGACAAUGAUAUUGGAGCCGUUUCAACAACAGGGCACGGAGAGAGCAUCCUGAGGGUGAAUCUGGCCAGACUUACUCUCUUCCACAUGGAACAGGGAAAGACGUUGGAAGAGGCCGCUGACGCAUCGUUGGGUUAUAUGAAGUCAAAGGUCAAAGGUGUAGGUGGUGUCAUCUUGGUCAACAAAGCAGGAGACUGGGCGGUGAAGUGGACCUCCACAUCCAUGCCCUGGGGGGCCGCAAAGGACGGCAAGCUGUACACUGGAAUUGAUCUUGGCGACACCAGCGUCACUGACCUGCCCUAAGCCCCCGGAAGCUGUAUUCUAGAAGCUAAGACUUAGCUUAAUCAAUUAGAUCUAGAAAUGGAAAAUUCUGCAGUCUGUCACUCAUUUGGUUGCUUUGAUCAGUGUUUGGUUGGGGACAGAUUCCGAAGUGAUGUGCGACGUGCCCGUGUUAGGAUCAAAUAAGACUAGUGAAGAUGACAAACUCGCUGAGCC